AGAACUCUACCUCACUCUUAUAUUUCAUAUAAUCGAAUACUUCUUCGAAAUCGAGGAGUUUACUUGGUUUGACGAAAGCUUCGCUGAGGUCUGAGGCAACCGGAAAAGAUGGGGUUCAUAAUGGAGUUUGCGGAGAAUCUUGUGCUACGUUUGAUGGAGAAUCCUGAGGAAAGGGAUAGGCGAUUUCGGGAGAAGGUGUAUGAAAGAAAAGAGAGGUGUAAGAAGACCAAAGAAAUGUGGAGCUUGCCUUUACGUCCCUAUGGCUUCUGGACAUUUGAACGACACAAUGCACAGAUAUUUUGGGAUCCUCAAAUCAGCCAAGUUGACGGGCGCCGCGAUCCGUAUGACAAUAUCCUCCGCGAGUAUUCUAAGCCGUCUGCUGACUCUGCUCCUAAAUGACCGGAGAAACGCCGUUAUGUCUUGAAACUGCUCUGCGACUCGCUUUAAUAAGUACACCAUGUCAAAAAAAUGAUUUAUGUGCAUUGGUUUCGACUGCAUGCUUUGCCUUGCUAUACCGUUACAUAUAUAUAUUCUAGACUUUAUUUCUAAUCGAUGACAAGUGUGCGAUGUUGUACAAUUUGCCAUAAGUUUUCGAGUAAUUCUUUCGGAAUCGACUAAAUAAGACACUUCUCACGCAUCACUAGAGCACGCAACCGUACCGUUAGGAUCAAGAUUAUAGAUACACGAGAGAGGUUACGGUGCUGAUAAGAACAAAUCAUCGGCACAUAAAAAAUAUGCCGAUAACCUGUAGUUUCAAUUAAUUCAUAUUUCGUAUAAGAAUCAAUGGUAUUUUGUGCUGCCCAUUAUAUUUGUAUUA